UUUCUUUGUUCCAGUGGGAGUGUUUGUGGUCCUUCAUUCUCUUCUGCACUUUCUCCCUGUUACUGGUGUGGUUUUACUUCUGGUGGGAGGCCCAUAAUGACUACAGCGAGUUUAACUGGUUUUUAUAUAACCGUUCAGGGGAGUGGAGCGAUGGAACCGUUCCCAUAUUGGCUGCUACAGCAGCUGGUUUCACCUAUAUUGCAUUUUUAACGAUUUUAGCCCUGUGCCAUGUGGCUGUCGGGCAGCAGUUAAACCUCCACUGGCUCCACAAGGUUGGUGUCACAGCCGCUUUGCUCACUACGAUAAUUAGUGUGAUAUCGGUCACUCAGAUGUGGGGAGAGGAAUGGGAUGUAGUUUGGAUUUCUCUUCAGGCUACUGGUCCUUUCCUGCACAUGGGUGCUUUGGCUGCAGUUACCGCUUUGGCCUGGCUGGUGGCUGGACAGGUGGCACGAGCAGAGAAAACUAGGAUUCAGUUGAUGGUUCUCCUCAUCUACCUGAGUGUUCUCCUCACGCUUUACUUCAUUCCGCUGUCAAUCUCCUCACCCUGUAUUAUGGAGCGUGGGAGUCUCAAAGCAGCACCCACCAUCAUCGGCCAUCAAGGAGCUCCUAUGCUCGCUCCAGAGAACACUCUCCUAUCGUUCAACAGAGCUCUGCAGAGAAAUGUUAGUGGGUUGGAGGUGGAUGUGACCAUCAGUCUAGAUGGUGUGCCGUUCCUCAUAAGAGACCGGACGUUGAGGAGAACCACAAACGUGGGGAGAGUGUUCCCAGAGAGACAGUAUGAUGAUGCUUCACUCUUCAACUGGACUGAUUUGAGCUCACUGAACGCAGGCCAGUGGUUUCUAAAGGAUGAUCCCUUCUGGACAGUGCAGUACAUGUCAGCGUAUGAGCGAUGGUCAGUGGGGAACCAGACAGUGUGCAGCUUGGAGCAGAUGCUGAAACUAGCGGCUAGGUCCAAGAGCUCGGUCCUAUUCACUCUGCGCAGACCGCCGCCCAGUCACCCCCACCACCACGACUGGGUCAACAUCACCCUGGACUCUGUUCUGAGGUCAGGAAUACCACAGCGCCAGGUGAUGUGGACUGUGGACAGUAACAGGGAGAUGGUGAGGAAAGCGGCUCCAGGUUUACAGCAGACAUCUGUGCAGAAGCUGCCUCUCGACACACUCCAUCAUAAGGGCAUCAGCAGGGUCCUGCUGCGCUACAACCAGGCCUCUGCACAGGACAUCCAGCUGUAUAAUGAGAACAACAUCAGUCUGACUCUGUAUUGGGUGAACGAGCCGUGGCUGUAUUCCCUGCUGUGGUGCAGUGGGGUGCCGUCCGUCUCCUCCGAGGCUCCGCAGGUGCUGAGGAAGCUGCACUAUCCGCUCUGGCUCAUGAGUCCAGAUGAGUACUGCUUGAUAUGGAUCUCUACUGAUCUCAUCUCCUUUGCUGUAGUUCUGGGAAUAUUUAUAUUCCAGAAGUGGAGAAUGAGCGGGAUGCGGAGCUACAACCCAGAGCAGAUCAUGCUGAGUGCAGCCGUCAGGAGAUCCAGCAGAGAUGUCAACAUCAUGAAGGAGAAGCUCAUCUUCUCUGAGGUGAGCAACGGAGUCUCCAGCGAUGAUACCUUUACGGAAAAUGGAUUUAACUACUACACCAAUUAAGACAUUGCUCAUUGACUCAUGGAACGAAAAAUCACAUCCUGAUCAACCUUGUGGUGUCUCCUGUCAACUACUGACUCAACUCUUAGCCUACUGUUUAUGAUGGACCCGUGUGUAAAAAAAAUUGAGUUUUUUCUUCAGCUAUUAAAUUGCUUGUUUUAAAUUCUGGACAGUAAAGAGAAGUAGGAAGGGCAGUUCAUCUGUUGACUAUUACCAAAUCUGUGGCCUCUUCCCCUACGUAACGCUUGAGGAUCCUGGAAUGCCUGUUACUUGCUUCGUAUUGAAAGCAUGCCUGUGAUAAAAUAGUGGAUUUCAUCUGUUGGUUUUGGGGGAUUUCAUUUUUUAUAAUCUUCCAUAGCCAGCCAAUGUGGAGUAUAACCUAAUAUGCCAGAAUUUUUUUUUCUUUUUUACAUUUCUAGAUCUUGAUUUGGUGUGAUAUUCACAGUCUAAUGAUGCCUUCUGUUCAAAUGGUUGUGAAGAAUAUUUUUAAGAAUAAACAGGUGUUUACAGAGUGCCUGCCUUUAGUCUUCAAGCUAUAUUUAUUGUAUUUAAUAUACCACCUAUUUAGCAUGUGGUUCAGUUGUUAUUUUGGGAGGAAAUCACCCAGCCUUAUUUUCUUGGUCAGUAUGAUGCCAGAUUAAAUGGAAAAUUUAGGCACAUGUUUGGCAUACAUAUCUGUGGUUUAAGAACAACAAGUUGGCUUAGAGUUUUGAUGCCAUGAAAUUUAACUUGGACGCUGUCUUAUAAUAAAAAAAAAAUGUGUUUGACUAUC